GUUUUUUUAGGCUCCUGCUCUGAAGUCGAAACCCUAGAGAUUAAGGAUGUUCUACUCGCACUCCUUUCUUGCUAGGAAAAGUCCUUUAGGAACGAUUUGGAUGGCAGCGCAUAUGCAACAGAUUCGAAAACCCCAAAUUGUAGCCACUGACAUCCCUUCCUCGGUCGAUUCUAUAAUGUUCCCUGAAGUCCCAAUUGCGCUGAGAUUGUCAGCGCACCUUCUAUUGGGUGUCGUUCGGAUAUAUUCAAAGAAGGUGGAGUAUCUCUGGCGUGACAGCAAUGUAAUGUGGCGGACAAUAAACACUGUCUUUGGCUCAGCAGAUGUUAAUCUACCAGAGGAUGCAACUCAUGCUCCGUUUUACGCUGUCACUUUGCCAGAGACAUUUGAGCUUGAUGCUUGGGACUUGGAUGCCGAGUUCUCUCUUAACGUAUCACCAUAUAAUCAUCUCAAGAGUCGUGAAGAGAUUACACUGACAGAUCAAAUCCCUGCCGAAGGAGAUCCUUAUAUUGCCUUCUUCAUUGAUGAGGAUUUUAGAAUGGAUAUUUCUCCCCCUGCAGAGAUUCCUGAAAUUAGUCCAAUGGAAGAAGAUGCCCCCUAUUCAACUCCAGCAGACAAUGGUGUGGGUGUUUCUGAUCCUGGUCCAAGUGGUCAAGCAGAAGAGUCCAGUCAGAGGGAUGCAGAAAUGCCUACCUCCCAAGGCCUUCCGGAAAUUGAAGUUAUUCGUGAUGCUGUUCAUAACUUUAGAUCAGAAGACUUUCCAGAGUUGCCAGAGCUCAGUAAUGGUGCUUUUGAACAAAACAGGCAAUUCGACCAGAACAUGAGUGGGGAAAAGGCUCUUUCUCCAAUUAUGGAGGAGAUGCUAGUUUCUGGAGGACAAUCUGAACCAUUUCAGUUACAACCAGAACCACCAACCUCUGUUGCUUCAGAAGAGGCUGUUGAGGGUUUUGAUGCACAUUUUUCACUGGGUCAUAUGUCACCUGGGCUGGUGAUUCAACCAACGCCGCCUAUUGAGAAACAAAAAGCUAGACCAAGGAAGAGAAAACAGGUGUUUGAUCAGUCUGUAGUGUUGUCGAAUAAGUUCAUGAAGGAGAGCCUCAAAGACCCCAGUCGUCUGGUGCACCGUCGUAAGAAGCUUCCUUGCACAGAUUUGGAUGUUUGGAGGUUCAACAACAGGUUAAGGAUGGAGAAUGUCUUCCUUGAACCAUCAAUUUCUGGUUUGUGUACAAAUCUUCAAAACAUAUAUAAGAAGGAUUUCAUUUCUUCCAGAGUUGGUUCAAUUCCCACAGAGGAUGCUCCUGCUGAGUCGAGGGGUGCACAGUCUCCUGCUCCCAUACCUGACCAUGAGAUGGAAAUUGAACACCUUCGAUUUGAGGAAGGCCAUGUUGGUCUCAGUUCCAUUCCUGAAUUGAUGCCUUCCUCACCUGGAUUGGUGCCUUCUCCAUCAGUAAGAGACGAAUUCACUCCCAUCCAUGCCAGUAGUUUAGGGCCCUCAGAAAUGUCAGCUGGAACUGAAGUAUUGCCAACACCGGAUCUAGAGGGAUUUACCAAACCACCCAGCACUGAGCCAGGAACACCAAUGACUCGUUUCGAGGAUCAUUUCACUCUCAGAGAUGAUUUUUCAGUUAUUCCAGAGUUGCUGAAUUCUGCAGAAACAGAUGACCUAAAUUUUCUGGAAGCAUAUGACACACCAGCUAGUAAGCUACCUGGGCACAGACAAAAUGAAGAAAUUGACACAUUGUCUGUAAGGACCAGGGCUGUGGCUCAGUAUUUGAGAAGGCAGUCGCCUUCAACCCCAAAUUCAAGGGGCCCAUCAGGAAGCCUUAGCUUGAACAAGAUUUUAGAAGGAAAAACCAGAAAAUUAAGUGCGCGGAUGUUCUUUGAAACACUGGUUUUGAAGAGUUAUGGGCUAAUCGACGUACAACAAGAAGUACCUUAUGGUGACGUUAUUUUGAAGUUGACUCGAAAAUUUUCAAAAGCUCAACUUUGAGGUCAUAUUCCUUUGACAUGAUUGCAGGCCUUCAUGUACAUAUUUAUGUUUAUACAGGAGUAUUGAUGGAAUCUACUCUCUAAGUGCAAAAUUGAGCUGCAACCAGGAAAGGAAAGCUGUUAAUUUUUAAGGCAUUUAUGGGUACUCCAACAAAUUAUGCUAAAUUAUUGUAGUAAUCUAUACCUAGGAAGCAAAGUUGACAAAACUUGGAAAGCUUUUCUGGUAUGUGGUCGAUCAUAUUGAG